AUGGAAGCUGGUACAGCGGCCUUUGCCAAAAACCAAUCCGCCCAGGCUCAACUGCGAAAUCAGCUCUUAAGCAAUGAUAUGGGAAAUAUAGAUUUUGCUGAUGAAGAGAUAAGAGCAGCCGGACCACGGAACUCUGGACCUCCGGCAGGUUUCCCUCCAAACCAUUACAAUAGACCACAACCACAACAACAGCCGUAUCAACAAGUACCAUAUCAACAGCCCCAGUACUUUGCCCCGCAUGAACAAAUGCAACCAAUGCAAAAUGAACAGGCCCAGACGUUUGGAAAUAUUCCUUUCAAUAACAGAAGAAUGCCAGCCUCAGGUUACGCUCCUCAAGACCCAAGAGCGUCUUCCUUGACGUCUCAAUCGUUUGCUCCCUCUGGCAAGAAGUCUCUACAGUCCAAUGGGAUUUCAAAUUUGUUCAAGUUGCGUCAAAACCGCUCCAAAGAGGUGGAAAAUGACAACGAAGAAGAAACUUUUAUUACGGACGCAGAUAACUCUCUACUGACAUUCAAUGACAUUUCGUCGUUGCGCAACAACGGGGGCCAUAAAUACGGCAUGGGUGCUGGCAUGGACGAUACAUCACCCAUAAUUCCAACUCUAAUGACGAAAAGCCACGAUAAAAUGAACAACGUUGAGUACAGGAAGUUCCUGGCCGCCCAAAAGAAGAUGAACUACAGUGCAAUCUCAAAACAAAAUAAACAAGGCGCACAGGGCUUCAACAACGACCCUCGAGCCAUGUCGUUGCAGUCUUCUCAAAAUCCCUAUACGCCACAACAGCAAAUUUAUGGCGGUCAGAUGGCUCCAUAUUCGCAUGCCAAUUCGAUGACCUCAGGGACUCCUCAAAUGAUGCCUUACGGGCGUACCAAUUCUAUGAUGGCAGGUGGUCCGCCUCCGACCGCACAGUACGGACGUGCAAAUUCCAUGAUGUCCGGCCCGCCACCACAGGCUCGAGGAUGGUCCCCGCAGCCCCAUGUACAGAGGCCAAUCAACAAUGGGCAAAUCAACAAUGGGCCAAGAGCUAUGUCGCUUACUGCUGCCGCAGGAAGAAGACCGAUGCCACAGGCGUAUCCUUCAUCACAACCGCAAACCAGAGCGUUCCAACCACGCACGCAGGGCACUCCAGGGCCAUCCAUUAAAGAUCAGAACAUGCAAACGACAACACUGCCACCUGGAACAGUAGGAAACAAUUACGCUUCUCAGAACAGUCAACGUUUCAAAGCUGUCACCAGUGCCUCUGUUGAAACUGAGCAGGAUGAUUAUGAUGCAACCAGCACACAGGCUUUGAGGGACUACGAAACUCAUGCAUCUUCAUCUUCUGCUUUGAGUGAUAAGAGCUUCCCCUCGUACCGUGCACGUAGUCAAACGCCCGACAGCCAGGCUGAAAUGAAAAAGGAAAUGCCGAAUAUUCAUGGCGGCAUGGAUUCAGAACCGCAAACGCAACAAAAGAGCACAAUCAAUACCGGGAAAUUGAAUAUCAUCAAACUCUCCACCCCUCAUCAAAGAGAGCUUUUGGAUAGGGGAAACACCAUGCAUAGCUCAAAUAUGGACUCAGAAAUUGUCGAUCAAGCGAAUUCGAAUUCAAUGGAUGGCAAAAACUCAAGCAUGCUCGGCCGUAAGCUCGAAGAAUCUCCGAAGUUCAAUUCCUCCGAGAAUCGAGCAAGCCCCCAGCACCCUGGGAUGACUUAUGGGAAUCGUAGACGAUCUCAAAUUCAGUCCAUGGCCACGAUGGAAUCGGCUGUUAGCACCGAUUCUCCUACAAAGAAACGCAACCAGAAUAAUUUGUAUAUGCUCGACAAUGCAACUGACGGUAAUGCAUAUGUCACGGCACCCGAGUUGAUUGAAAGGGAUGAUGGAGUGAACGAGCACAACCUUUCGGAAAUCACCAUAACCAGCAGAGCGAACUCCUCAAAAAGUAUCAGUUCUCAGGGCUCUCAAUUCAACAGAGCUGGAAACAAAUCCUCAGAACGGAAAGAAACCGGAUUUAGUAAAACCCGUAACCUUUUCAGAAAACUUUCUUCUAGAGGUAGUAAAGGCGAUGGAUUGGAUAGAAAUUCCCGACACUCUAGUGCCGGUAGUCUUCUUGACAGAGUUCAAACCUCGGAUAGUGCUGUUUCCGAGAAAGAUGGAAUUCCAGAGGGAAAAGUGUGGAGUUCAAAGUCGAGUAAUCCCAAGAGAAAGUCUUUCCAUUCCCUCUUUUCAAACUCCUCGAGCGGCACAAACGCAGGUGAGCGUGUUAAGUCGUAUGCUUCUUUGGCCAACAUAGAAGAGAAAUCACCCGUUUCUGAUGCCGAUGCCAGCAGGCGAAACAGCCAUGAGUCUCAAUUGGACACCACUUUGAAUGCAGAUGACAUCAGAAGGGGUGAAACCAGCAUGCAUAGCUCAUCACAGCCUUUAGGAUCGCAGUUCAUGGACUCUUCCCGGGACCAGAAUGACGACGACUUUAACUUCGACAACACGGUGUCUGAACCUUACAAGCCAAUAUUCGCAUCACAGGCAGAGUUGGAUAUUGCGCCAGAUGCCCACAACAAGCACAAGUUCAAGACUAUUUUCAUAUCAAGCGAUCAAAUGAGUGUGCUUACGGAACAGACCACGUUGAUGAAGGAAAUCGACCUCUUGUCUCAAGAGCUCGCAGAAUCGGUGGCACGAGAAGCUCGCCUAGAACAAGAGAUUACCGGCAGGAUCAGCGAUACGGAUGCCGCAAGGAUGUCACUAUCAUUCGUGGAUUUCGAGAUCGAACUACGAAAAAAAUCGUCUAAGGUGGUGGAAUUGAUACAGCAACUGAACGACGAGCGGCUCAGACGUUACAUUGCCGAAGAGCAGUUGUUGCUACAAGAAAAUGGUGCGAAGCCCAGCACCGCAGACUUGGUUCACAAGAUACAUUCUCUGACGCAGGCUCUUGAACGAAAAGAUCAAGAGAUUGCUGCUUUGAGUGAUCAACUUACCAAACAGUCUGUGUCGUAG